GGCAGAGAGAGGAGUUAGAAACCUGCCUGCAGAGAGGACAGAGGGAUAAUAAUCAUGUCAGCCUCCUGGAAGCAGCUCCUUUUUCAGAUCCUCCUCCUCCUCGUCUCCUGCAGACGCAUCAAUACAAAAACACCUGGUCCGACGCCCCCACCACUGGUCCCCAUCACCUCCCUGCCAACAGAUGAAAGGAGCGCUUCUCUUGAAGGUGAAAGUCACACGGAGAAAGUUGAACUGUUGAAUCCUGUCAAUCUAUCACUGGCGUGUACCUGGACAGGUAACCAGAACAAACUACCAAACAUAACUGGGUUCUGGAGAAAAGAUGGGGAUGAAGUUGAGAACAGCCAAGUCACAGUGCAACUGGAGGGCGAUCAGUAUAAACUCAAACGAGUGUUCAGCAUCGUCAGUGAAGAAAGCCUCGGGAGUUACUCAUGCGUGUUUGGAAGUGAAGAAGCAAAAAUAGAGUUUGUCUUGGCUGCUCCACAGAUCGGUGAGGUGCGAGAUAAGCCGAUAGUCAGCUAUGUGGGGGACUCUGGGGUGAUUGCAUGUAAAAUGGAGGAAACCAAACCGAAACCCAUCACCUGGAACUGGUACAAAGCAAAUGGUACAGACAAGGAGCAGAUCUUCGCCGUUGCAGAGCUUCUUCGCUAUGAGAUCAAAAACGAAGAGAGGAAGACCAAACUUGUGGUGCACAACCUGACGGAGGCUGACGGAGGCCUGUAUUACUGCGGUGCGGUGUACGCCAUCAGCACCACGAUGAGCCACGUGGAGCUGAAGGUCAUCAGCUUCCAGGAGCCUCUGAAGCCCUUCAUUGCCAUCGUGAUCGAAGUGAGCGUCCUGGUCGCCGCCAUUCUGCUCUACGAGAGAUGUCAGUCCAAGAAAAACUACACAGCAGGAAAUGGGACCAUUGACCAAACAAAUACAAUGACUCAGGGAGAAAAUAACGAACCAGAGGAAAGUUCUUCAGUGAGACAGCGGAAAAUUUAAAAAUUGCAAAUCCAACACAUCAAAGCUUCUUCAAAACUGUUGACGUAUUUUGAUUCUUUUCAAAUGUGAUUUGAAGCUUUAAAUUCAAAAUCUCAGCAACUAUUCUAUACGUGUGUUCACAAAAACAAAGUGCAAUAACCACCACUUAAUAACCGUCAGUGCUGUCGUGGCAGCAUUUACCUUUUACCUUUUAGUCUUAUGUACACCCACAUCCUGUGGGAAAAACUGACACGCAUCACACCUCUCCCUCGAACAGGAAGUGCAUUUCUUGCUUUUUGGUAUCAACUUAAACCUCAACUUCUCUUUACUUCUGUUAUUAAUGUGUUAUGGUUUGUGAGCAGUGCCUUACACCGUAAAAAAAACAAAACACUCCCAUAACCAUUCAUACUGUGCUUGCAACAAUUUUGCAGUUUGUCCUUGUAGUGAACAUGCUGUGUAAUGCCAUAAUAGCGUGUAUAUCAAGAUAUUUCAUCAUAUAUGCAAAUGCUUGUGUGUUUUUCAUGUUAAUGUACAAAAAAGAUGGUCAGAAAAGGUCAUUUUUCACCCUAAUCAUGACUUCAACCGUCUGUAGCUGUUAACCUGAACCUGUCACCUGCCAGUGUGCGUGUGAACAUGCAAAUUAAAAAUACACAAGUCACUGCCUGAAAUAACUAUCAACGCCAUUGUGUUAGCCGAUAUGGAGACAGAGCUCACUUAAAGGGGAACGCCACCAAUUUUCUGUUCACAGGGCUUGUUGAGAACUACUGCACAUAAGAAAUGAAGUUGUAAAAACCUUUAUGUGGCUCCAGAGGGACAAGGAGGAAGAAUAUGUGGAAUAAAAGAUACCUCUGGUUCUGCUGCAUCGA